AUGUCCCCCGGAUCAGCCUGCCAACGAUGCAGGAAGCGGCACAUCAAAUGUGAUGGUACACGACCCAGUUGCAAGCAGUGCGUGUCUGCAAAACAUGAAUGUCCCGGAUACAAUGAAGACUGGAAAUUUAUCAACAAUGGGUCCAAACUGCCUCACAAGAGACAGAAAAGGCAAUCUUCUCGAUCCACAAAGAUACAGCCCGCCAAUGAAUACGCUGAUACGACUGAAUAUACCUCCACGAUACAGGAAGAUUCUAUCAUAGAAUCUCGCCAUAGCAGCUCAUCGUUGCCAAUCCAACGGACAGAAUCUUUGGAUAUCUCUCCCUUGGACUUUCCUAAAGCAUCAGAAACUGCGUUGCAGAACUUGGAUCCGUCCAUAUCAUUACCAGUGGACUUUCACUUCGAUCUCGGCGGCAACAACAAUGUUCACGAAGCAGGUGUGGGCAAUCUACCCGCCAACUUCCAAACCUCCGGACCAGCUCCGGAGACAUCUCCGGGAUUGCUCUCUUCUAAUUCAAAUAGCGAGUUUGAAUUGGGGCUUGCUGCCCUAGCCUCGGAGUUUAUGCUCGAGAGCGAGCAAGAGAUUGUUUUCCUUCUUCGGCAUUAUGUUGACAACUUGGCCCCGUGGCUAGGCAUUUUCGACGAGAAAUGUUUCUUUCAGACUCGCAUCCCUCGCCUCGUUGGGACCAACCCUGCCUUGAAGUAUGCAGUAGCAGCGCUUUCAGCUAAGCAUCUGAGUCAUGUGGCUGGCUUUCGAGCCACGAACUGCGGCUUACGGAGCACGUUGGCCUUGACAGAAAUGUAUCCCAGCGCAGGUCACGUCGACUGGGCAUUCAAAGCUGCCAACUACUAUCAUCGAGCAAGCUCUCAGCAGCAGUCACAACUCUACGAUGCGAUUGGCAAUACGUCGCCAGGUGUUUUAGAUGUGGCAACGACAAGCAGUGCUAUCUUGACCGUUUAUGAAUUGAUUGACUCGAACUACGAUGAAUUCCACACACGGAUACACGAUGUAAAGAGUAAGCUAGCGAGAUAUCCGAACGAGACGUCUACUUCUACGACAAAAUCCUACUUUCCGCCUUUCAAACAACCUCUGAAUCCCGCUGCUCUAGCCAGCUAUUGGCUCUGCAUGCCCCUCGACCUCCUUAAUUCAUACGAUCAAAAACGCAUACCAAUACUUAACUUUGACACUUCCUAUGGCAAUGUCGGGAAUAAUGACGAUGCCUUUGGCGCUGAAUUCACGUCCAUGUCUAGGACACCCUGGGUGCGACUAUUCUCUCUAAUAACAAACAUCAUCGACCAGUUUACGACAACCCCCAGCAGUGGGGAUCGCGCCAUGAAAACCACUGAGCGCAAUAGCUGGUUCUAUCUUUGGGGUGCUUUAGAUAAUUGGCACUCUCAGCUGGAUGCCAACUUUGAACCAUACUCUCAUUACACGCUUUCCAGUCACCUAACACUCCCACAAGGCCCUCAAGAGCCAGUCUUCGACGAAAUUCUCUUUCCAACACAGGUAUCUGCGGCCACUCUUUCGUAUUACCAUUUCGCCCGCGUCCUUUUACUUCUUGCCAAACCGAUCGAUCAAUCAAACCCCCUCACGCUACUGAAAGACUACCGAGAAAGACUGGUAGAUAUAAGAGAUAAUUGUGUAAAAAUAUGCGGGAUUGCGGCUGGCCGGCCAGGCGGCGCUGCUCGAAUUCACUCCGUACAGCCGCUCAUCUUGGCAGGGCAAUGCUUGGAAGAUCCACGGGAGCGAAGGUCUGUAGUACAGCUGCUACAGGACGUUGAGUCUGACACGGGAUGGCCAACCGCGGCUCAGGUCGGACGACUUCAGGAAGAAUGGUAUGGUAGUAUUCCACAGAGCUAA